CAUCUAAAAAAGGUGACAUCUUUCAGGAAGUUGCAUUCGAAUGAGCUUGCUUGCAUUGAGAGCAGCUCUUCAGAACUGCAUGGGUGCCACUGGAGUACACGUCUCUUCUCUAAUCGACUCGUGCUCUGUUCAUCAUGAUAAACACCUUUCACACUAGCUACAAUCCUCCACCUCCACCGGUGCCUCCACGGGCAGGAUACAGCAGACCCCGGCCAGCGGGCAACACAUCUUUAGUCAAGUUUUUGUCAGUGAUGCUACUGCUGUUAAUGAUACUGACCUUCGGAGGCUUCCUCUACCUGUUCCAGAAACUCAACAUGCUCCAGGACAGUUAUCAUGAAGACAUCAGCCUACAGAGACUACAGGAAUGUGCGGACAGCAGUAUGGGAGAAGAAUCAAUUACAGAAUGUGGCAAACUGAUGGAAAAAUAUAAAGCUGUCAUAGCAAAGGUUUCACAAGCAAAUGAAAAAUUGUCUAAGUUAACUGGAGGGCAACACUUUAUUGGACCAGCUGCACACAUGACUGUUCAGACUGAGCAUAAAGAUAAGACAGAUAAGACUUCUGACUUCUUGAAGAAAAGUCUUCUUUGGGAUGAAGAGCACUCACUGCUACAGGAUGUACGGCUCAGCAAAGAACGGGACAAGUUGACCAUUCAGUAUCCCGGAAUCUACUUCAUCUAUUCCCAGGUCACCUUCUCCAAAAAUUCUCCUGUAUCUUCAUUAAAGCAAUCCAUAAGGAUCACAGUACCCAAGAAAGAGCAAGACAAGGAGCUACUCAAGUCUUUUUGCAGUUUGAAACCAAACACAUCAAAUUUGUGUACAGCUUCUGUGGCAGGGGUGUUCCAUCUAGAAAAAGACCAACAGAUCUUUGUUACAGUAACAGACACAUCCUUGGUGAACCGGGACUCCUGCAGCUUUGGAUUAUUCAAAUUGCGGUAAAGAACACUCUUGAACUGAUUGAACUGAAGCGAUCAAGGGGGAGAUGGAUGAUACAAUCGAAUGGAUCAAAUGGAUAAUUAUACAGUCAUGUUAUACAUCUCAAGGGAAAGAAAUUGCAUGUCUUCUCCUUGACACCAAACCACGAGCCAAGUUCAGGACACACAACAAAAUCAUAUAUUUUGUUUAUUACAAAUACAACCCAAUUAGAACAUCAUGAAUGUUCACAAACCACUAGUGUUUGUCUAAAAUUAUUUAUAUAAUUGUCCUUAAAUUUAUAUAUCUUUAGUUUUCCCUUUUUUAUGGUUUGCUCUUCUUUUUUAACAAUAAUAAUAAAUAUAUUUAUUUUAGAUUACGCUUGACAA